AUGGAUCACAACCGAGAUCAUGUUAGCCUUAGCCACAACAUGGAAUCUCCUACCUCGUUCGCUGUUGUGAUUCUUUUUCUCUUUUGCGUGCCUGACGCCGAUACAUUUUUUUCCUUUGGUGGUCCACAGCCAUUCGUUCCACUGUGUGCUGUGAUCCUCGGAGAUGGCGAGCACAUCUUCAUGAACGUCAUCUGUAUCGUUGCCCUUUGGUUCAAUACUGCCAUUGCAGUGUUAGCAGCAUCUCGCUUAGUAUUUGCUGUCGCUCGCGAUGGCGUCUUGUCUUUUUCUAACUGGGUAUUCAAAAUCGUCAAUGGCCAACCCCGAAACGCAGUUCUCGUGGUCUGGGGCGUAUCAGCUAUCAUAACUUGUACCAUCCUACCUUCCAGUAUAGCCUUUAUCUCUCUCGUUUCUGCUGCUGGAGUACCAUCAGCAGCUACCUACAAUCUCAUUUGUCUCGGACGUCUUUUCUGCACGCCCAAGACCUUUCCAAAACCGGCUUGGAGUCUAGGUAGACUUAGUAAGCCGUUUCAGGCGAUUGCCGUGCUUUGGAAUGCGUGGGUAGUGGCUAUUUUAUACUCGCCGUAUGUUUGGCCUGUAGAAGCAGAUACACUCAACUAUGCACCUGUGAUCAUGGCUGCGACAACUAUCUUGGCGUUGAUUUCUUGGUGGGUUGCUCCGGCUGAACGAUGGCUCCCACGUCAGCGUAUUCAAGAAACGCUAGAAGCACGUGGUGCAGGAGAUUUGGUAGAAGAGGUCCAUUGA